AUGAGCUCACAAACGGAGAAUCGUCAGCAGAGUAGGAUACUGUUUGUAAAGAAUCUCAACUAUAACGUCAAAGGUGAAGAUCUUUAUGAAUUAUUUGGGAAAUAUGGAGCAAUUCGACAAAUAAGACUUGGUGAUCAACCUCAAAAGACAAAAGGAACAGCAUUCAUCGUUUUUGAAGAGAUUGGUGAUGCAAAAAUGGCUUUAGAUCGUUUGAAUGGAUUUCAUUUGCAAGAGAGAUAUAUCGUUGUCCUCUACCACGUUCCAUCUAGAACAACGGCAAAGGCAGAUCUGGCAAGACGGGAAGCCGAAUUGGCAGAAUUAAAGAGGAAACACGACAUACGAGAUGACUAA